GUGUGGAGGAACUUGACUGACCUGCACAGAGUCCUGACCUCAACCCCAUAGAACACCUUUGGGAUGAAUUAGAGUGGAGACUGUGAGCCAGGCCAAAACUGGGACAUCUGCCUUUUACCUGCACAUGAAUGUAAUAUGGAGUUGUCCCGCCCUUUACAGCUAUAACAGCUUCAACUCUUCUGGGAAGGCUUUCCACAAGGUUUAGGAGUGUGUUUAUGGGAAUUUUUGACCAUUCCUCUAGAAGCGCAUCUGUGAGGUCAGGCACUGAUGUUGGACGAGGAGGUCUGGCUCACAGUCUCCACUCUAAUUCAUCCCAAAGGUGUUCUAUGUGGUCUAUAUAACUGUGAAGUUCCUCCACACCAAACUCACUCAUCCAUGUCUUUAUGAACCUUGCUUUGGUCACUGGUGUGCAGUCAUGUUGGAACAGGAAGGGGUCAUCCCCAAACUGUUCCCACAAAGUUGGGAGCAUGAAAUUGUCCUCUUGCGUGCCACCAUUUGUGGUUUUACUAUUUAUGCUCUUUAUAAUCUCAAGCCUGGAAACAUUUUAGCAUCAAAACAUCAAAUUACUCUAUGAAUUAUGUUUCAAUAUUUCAACACACUCUCUGAGGUAAAGAAAAACAUGUUGUCUUUGCUAGGUUCUUCAUCAUUAGAUCAUGCCAUUAAGAAGUAAUGUGAAUAAAACUAUAUAUAUGGUUUGGUCUCCUGUUCACAACCGACUCAGCUGUUUGAGGAACCAUUUCCGAAGCCUAAUGUCACUGCAUUAUCACUUUAUUUCUUGCUUUUUGGGAGUCAAUUCCUUUUAUUUUUCCUCAAUUUUUCAUUUUCAAUAGGAAAUGUCACAAAAAAUACUAGAAUAAAAUAAAAAUCACAAACACAGACAUCAUAUAUGCAGAUGGCUGUCAAUCCCUGGCCUGCUUUUUUAUUUUUUAGCUUUGUGGACAAUUCAUUAUUCAUUACAGAAUAACCUUUUAUCCACUUCUAGUUAGAAUUAAUGUAGAAACUGGACAGUUUUUCCCCUCAUAUCACCUGAGGUCAUUUUAACUCGCCAUUAUUCCCUCAGGUUUGUUCGUUAGGGAUGAGUAAAAAAAAACGUUUUCUGAGGUAAAAAUCUUUGAUUUUUUAUUUAAUUUCUUGUUGAAAAGCAAUAAAUCACGUCACAGUAUCGUUUGGAUUGAUUUUAAGGGCCAUAAAAAUAUCCGGAGUUACUUUUAAAUCGUAUGUUUUAUUAUUAUUAUUUUUAUGCUAAGCUAACACACACAGCUCGAGACGCCGCUCAGGUGACAGGAGACUGCGCGUGACGUCACUUCCAGUCGAAACCUGAGCCGUCCAUAGAAACAAAUUUCGUUAAAGAGAUUCGUUAAACACGAGCAAGAAAAAAACAAACGGACGUUUUACUGAGGAGUUUUGUGUAUAAAACAAAAUGACAAGAUAAUGUCUAGAUGUCCGAGAGAAGAAAAAACUGGGGGAAAAGCGGAUUUACCGAACCGGGAACUGAAUUUCAAACUUUUUUGUUUUUUUCUCAUGUUACGGGAGAGACGGAGCUGAGAGAGAGAGAGACAAUUAUCACUAAAGUGUCACUUUUUAGUGAAAUUCCAGAGGUAAAGGACAGUAAAAAAGUGAAAGAUAGGGGAUUUCUCGGGGGUUAAACUUUAACGUUAACGGUUUUAAAGUUAAUCCCUGGAAAGUUGAGGUGCGCGCGCGACCGGACUGAAGUUUUUGAAGAGAGAGAGAGAGAGCGCGCGCGCGCUGUGUCCGAGUCCCGGGACGUUACUUUUAGUUCAACAGCCUGAUGAGAAAGUGUGUGUGUGUGAUAGAGAAAUGUGUGUAAGGCGCAGACAUGGGUCUGUGUUUGGGCUCCGAGGUCACGGAGGAAGGAAAGAAGGCGAAACUUCACAGCGCGGAGAUAGACCGCGAGCUCCACGAGCACGCGCGGAGUGAGAUGAACGUGGUGAAGGUCCUGCUGCUGGGAGCUGCUGAGAGUGGUAAGAGCACACUGGUCAAACAGAUGAAGAUCAUUCACAGCAAUGGCUUCACCAAACAAGAGCUGAGCAGCUUCAAGCCGGCCGUGUUGGACAACCUGCUGAUGUCCAUGAAGUUUGUGCUGCACGGGAUGGGCGUGCUCCGGAUUAACCUGGCCAACAGCAAGAACAAGGUCCAUGCCCACUCUGUUCUGUCAUGUGGGCGGUGCUUUGAUGAAGAGCAGGUGCUUUUCCCAUUCAUAAGCCACGCCCUUUCCUGCCUGUGGGCGGAUCAGGGGGUGCGGUCUGCGGCUGCACGAGGCUACGAGUAUGAACUUAAUGACUCUGCACUCUAUUUUUUUGAGAACAUGACCCGGAUCGUGUCACUGGACUACGUUCCCACGGAGAUGGACGUUCUGCGGGUCAGAAUCCGGACCACAGGCGUGAUUGAGACUCAGUUUAAAGUCAAGCACCUGGUGUUCAGGCUGUAUGAUGUCGGAGGCCAGCGGACGGAGAGGAGGAAGUGGAUCAGCUGUUUUGAGGACGUCAGGGCCGUGCUGUUUGUAGUCGCGCUGAGCGGAUACGACAUGACGCUGGUGGAGGACCCUUCCAUGAACCGACUGCAGGAGAGCCUCCGGCUGUUUUCCUCCAUCUGCAACAACGUGUUCUUCAGGAGCACCUCCAUGAUUUUAUUCAUGAACAAAAUCGAUCUUUUCCAAGAGAAGAUCCUGCACUCGGGCCGUCACCUCAGACAUUACCUGCCGCUCUACAGAGGUGCAGACUGUGAUGUGGAUUCUGCUGCUCGAUUCAUCGCCUCCAUGUUCGUCUCUCAGAACGCCACGCCCCGGAAACUGAUCUAUCACCACUUCACCACGGCAACGGACACCUCCAACGUGCAGGUGGUGUUUCAGGUGGUGAUGGACACCAUCAUGAAGGAGAACCUGGAGGCAGUUUCACUGCUCUGAGAUCCAGUUUAAUCUUUACACAUUCAUCUCCAUUGCUCCUCCAUGUGAAACUUGCAGAACUGCACCAGGAUGGACACACACACAUACACACACACACACACACACACAGAGUUAAUCAGCAGCUCACUGUCCGUGAUGUUCUCCUGAGCUGUCCGAGGUGCUGAACCUCAACACUCUCCUCGGCUCUGCGUGUGAGACAGGAAAGAAAGAAAAACCUGGAAAGGGAGAGAGAGAGCGAGAGACUGAUUGAAAGACAAAAAGAGAGAGAUAGAAAGACAGAGAGAUAGCUUGAGCAAUGGAUAUGAAGAUAUACAGAGUGAUGAAGAUAUACAGAGCAAUAGAUAGAGACUGAGAAUGAUAGAUAUGAAGAAAGAAAGAUUAAUAUAUUUAGAUAAAUAGAGAGAGAGGGGGGAGCAGUGGACAUGGAGAUGGAGAGAGAUAGAAGAGAGGAGGAUAAAUAUAUCUCUGCAGGACCUUUUAAAAAUUCUUCACAAGGGCCAUAAAGAAUGGAGAAAGAAAGGGAAUGAAAACAGUUGAGGAGAGAGUAAUGGAGUGAGAGAUAUGGACGUUUAUUACGUGGUUCUUCUGGUGGGCGUGGUCUCUCCAGGAUGACCCCACCCCCAUGCACAGAACAGGAGGACUCAUUGAAGGGUGUGAUGAUGAUGUCAGACUCUAGAACGUUCCACAUCAUCUACAUCCUGAAGACCUGAGACUGUAUUUCAGCCCCUGCUCCGCCCCUGCUCCACCCUCUGCCCUGCCCCCUUCCUUUCAUCUGUACUGUUGUUGAAUAACAAUGAAGACGUUUACUGUGAUAAAGAGUCAUGCAAUGACUUUUUUUUAAAAUAUUUUAAAUAUGUUCCUCAUGAAGCUUCACACACUCUCAACAUCUGCAUCAACUCCAUGAUGGAGCUCGGACCUGGAGGUUUUCUCCAUGUCCAGAUGAACCAGAAGGUGGUGAUUCGUUUCCUACAGCAGCAUUCUCAUGUGUGUGUGUUUCUAUAGCAACGGCUACACGGGGACUUGAGUUGGACAUUAAAGAUCAAUGGAUUUAUAAAAAAAUAUCUGAUGUAACUUAAAAUUAGGAGGCGGUCAUAUACAUGAACAUUGAUGGAAGGAGUCUCCAGUGUCAGUGCUUCAUCAUAAUGUGUCUGAUGGUGCGUCCAUGUCCAACCUAUGUAUGUGUGUGUGUGUGUGUGUGUGUGGAUGUGUGUAUAUAUACAACAUGUGUAUGGAUGUAUGUGUGUGUGUGUGGAUGUGUGUAUAUAUAUGUGUAUGGAUGUGUGUGUGUGUAUUUGUGUGUAUGAAUGUGUGUAAGUGUGUGUGUGUGUGUGCCUGUGUGUGUGUUUGCACACUUUGUCCUUCACUGGUGUGUUUGGUUGUGCGUUUGGACCCGAGUGUGAUUUCUCUUCCUGAUAAUAUUUACCAAAAAAAGAGCACUGAGUUAAUGAUCAGCAGGAGGAAAGUCUGUUUUUACAACACACUUCGUUCCCCCCCCCCACACACACACAGUGAAGUUGUGCAGCAGUAAUCUGCACUGUGUUGUUAUAUUAUUAUGUAAUAUUACACUUACACGCACUGAAGGUGUGUAAAGCAUCCUGUUGGGGGUUUAUUUUAUUUUAUUUUAUUUCCUUUUUUAUUAUUAUUAUUUUUUGACGUAUUUGUUGAGAGAUGAAGCUGUGAAGUGCUGUGUGUUUGUGUCAAAGUGUGUGUGUGAGAGUGUGUGUGUGUUUGUGUGACACACACCUUCCUGUGCUUUGUAAGAUAUCUUUUGUAAAUGUCUUUUCU